GCUACCCGCCAGGCCGCGCACUGCUCUCAGCCCCGUGGGGCGGGAAAGGGGGGAGCGCGUCCCGCCCCCCUCCCAAAGAGCCCGGGGGGUGGGUGGCGGGGAGAUCCCCCAUUUUCUCGGGCAGCAUUACCCUCAACAAGCGGCUUCAAAGAGUGCUGGCUGUUGGUAGGAGUGUUCCCCUUGCAUGGUGAAGGCCUUAGCUUAGUCCAGGCUCAAACUACAUACGGUUUGACAGCUGGGUGACCCGGCUUAAAACACACUGGUAUUUAUUCAGCCCCUCCUCGCCCAGAUGAGUAGCAUUACAAGUUGACUCCUCUAUGUCAUGCUUAGGCCAUGUUUUUCUUUGCAGAACUGCUACUGCUGCUACUUUACAAUCGUUUGGUACAUAAUAGACCCGCACGGGGGUCUGAAGUGCUGUCAAAAUGUCAGAUCCUGAAGAGGCUUCUGACACCUUAGCUGAAGUGAACCUCGAUGAUACCCAUAAACCUUUAACUGAAAAUUUAGAAAGUGAUCCCACCUCAAGCCUGAAAGAUAUCGUGGUCACUAUUGGAGCUACUGUCCCAACUGGCUUUGAGUUGACAGCAGCAGAUGAAGUGAAAGAGAAAUUAGGAUCACAGUCCAGAAUAAGCAAGGACCGAGGGAAAAUCUAUUUUGAAAUUUCAGUAGAGAAACUUUCACAGGUUCAUCGUUUAAGAUCAGUGGAUAAUUUAUUUGUUGUUGUUCAGGAGUUUACAGAUUAUCAGUUUAAAGAAACUAAGGAAGAUGCUCUAAAGGAUUUGGAGGACCUGGCUAAAAAACUGCCCUGGACUGACCCUUUGAAAGUAUGGAAGUUAAAUACCAACCUAAAGAAGAGAAAGACAAAACAUAAAAAACAAAAUCAACAGAAUGGUGCAAGCAAAGAAAAGCUGUAUGAUGAUGGAGGAAAGGACAGAGCAAAUCAAAAAGAUGCUGAUAAAGAGUUGCUUGACCACGCACAAAAUACCCCAAGCUUGAAAUCUGCUGAACAGAACACAGAAAAGACACAGGAAAUGAUCCUAGCAGAUGACCAAUCAGAUGGCAAAGAUGAAUUCCCGACUAUAACUGGAAAUGAAAACCAAGCUGGCGACUGCAAGAAAGGUGAAGUAGAAGCUCAGGUGCUGAAAUUCCGUGUUACAUGCAAUAGAGCAGGUGACAAACAUUGUUUUACAUCGAAUGAUGCAGCAAGAGAUUUUGGUGGAGCUGUGCAAGAUUACUUCCAGUGGAAGGCUGACAUGACCAACUUUGAUGUCGAGGUUCUCUUGAACAUUCACAAUAAUGAAGUAGUGGUGGGCAUUGCAUUAACUGAAGAGAGUCUUCACAGAAGAAAUAUUACACAUUUUGGACCCACAACUCUUCGCUCCACCCUUGCUUAUGGUAUGCUCAGGCUCUGUGAUCCUCAGCCAACUGACAUUAUAAUUGAUCCAAUGAGUGGAACAGGGGCUAUACCAAUAGAGGGGGCUACUGAGUGGCCUAGCUGUUAUCAUAUUGCAGGUGAUAACAAUCCACAGGCUGUGAAAAGAGCAGCAAAUAAUAUCUGUUCUUUGUUGAAGAAAAAUCAGAAUAAAGAAAGUGGUACUUCCUGGGGCAUACCCAUCGAUACCAUUCAGUGGGAUAUCUGCAAUCUCCCCUUGAGGACCAGCUCUGUGGAUGUUAUUGUAACAGACAUGCCAUUUGGAAAGAGGAUAGGAUCUAAAAAGAAGAACUGGGAUCUCUACCCAGCUUGCCUUUUGGAGAUGAGUCGCAUCUGCAGGCCUGGGACAGGGAGAGCUGUACUACUUACCCAAGACAGGAAAUGUUUUGCCAAGGCCUUGUCAAAAAUGGGACACUUGUGGCAAAAGGGUCAUACAGUCUGGGUGAAUGUAGGGGGACUUCAUGCUGCAGUUUAUCUUCUGAAACGUACCUUGGAAAGAGCAGGAGAGAAAAGAUCAUACUGGUAACCCACCUGUCAGCAAACAUACCAAGCAGCAUCCACUUGCCUGAAUUUCUUGGAAAGCUGUUUGCUGAGUGUAUGCCUUAGAUUUCUGUUGAGAAUACUGGUCCAAGGAUCAGCUUGAAAAGCGUCAUUUCCACUGUGUACUCUGGAACCUUUUUAUUUUAUUUGAAACCAAGUAGAAAAAAAGCAAAUCCACCAACAGAAUUACUAAUUCUUUCCUGUGUAUAUGAAUCUGCUUUACCAUGUUUGUGACAUUUUUCACUUAAAUUUACAUGUUUUCAUAUUCACACGGGAACUAGCAGGGUAACUUUGCAAAAUGGUAGAAUGUGUGUGAAGAUCUUAAACUGCUGAUGUAUAAGACUACUGAAGACUGUCUUCUUGGCUGUCUUUAGUUAGAGGAGUUUUUUGGUAAUAGUGUUGCUUUAUGGAAAGAUUUUUUUCCAAUGGAGAGAUGUCUCCUUUUUGUUUCAUUAGUUAAUAGCAUUGCCAAAAUGUAAUAAGACUAACACAAAGUAGUGCCUCCAUUUAUGUUUUGCUAGAAAUGGCAUCUGCUUUGCACUACAGUACCUUGAUACUGCUGCCUCUGUUCUCACCUGCUACCUCAACUAAGUGCUAAUUCAGUAAAUGUUUACGUAUUAUGUAUCCCUGCUGUAGGUGGGGUAGAGAAAUGUAAAAAGGGGCCUUAGCAAAGUGUUUGUUUAAUUUAAAAAAUUGUGAAAUACUGUAGCACUCUUCAUAUACUACUGCAUAUUUCUUAUGUUUGGGUGGACAGAUUUAGACUAGAACAUGAUGGCUGAGAUACAUUUGAAUUCAACAGGCUGACUAAAAGAUGCUUUAGCUGUGCCACCACCUCAACGGGAAUGUGGUAACAGUUGGAGGAAUGCAAGCUCUAAAAGUGAUUUUUUUGUCCCUACUGUAAAUGUACAGUAAGUGUUUCUCAAGGCUGCCAUCCCUCUUGUACUGGGGUAAAAUGAUAGUUACCAGUUUGUCAAUCAUCUUCUUCAAAGAGUUCAUGCCAUCCUUCACUGUUGAAAGUGUUUAAGGGUGGAAGAGUAAAUAUUCAAGUUCUAGAUGUUUUGGAUAAGAGUUAGGUUCUUUAGGAUUUUCCUGUCUUAGUUACAUUCAUUCACCAUUUCUUGUUCUGUAGUAGACUUUCAUGCAGCCCUUAAUACCUACUGAACAAGACUCUUCAUAUAGGAAAUAAAGCACCACCAACAUUACAAUUCUAAUAAAAAGGGUAUUCUAUCCCUCUAUAAUUCUUUUGCUCUUACAAGCAUGUUUGUCCCAUGGCAAUGUAACAUUCAGCCACAGGGCACAGAUGUUUUGUUGUUCCUCAAAAGUUCUUUGUUGCACUGAGCUUUUAUUUUAUGAUUUUACCUGAAUAUAAUAAAAAGUCUUAACACAGA